GGCGGGACGUGCGCACACCGUCUUCCGUAGGUACCCAUGGCCGUACGGCCGAUGAGCCAGUUCAGCCGAUGAGCCACCCAGAACAUCACAACAUUGAGAUACCCACAACUUCAACGCGUCAUAACUCCACCACCAUGGAUCCAAUUCAAGAAGCGAUUGAAUAUUUAGAAUUGCAUAAAGCUGGAGAUAACUUGUCAUACCGCCAAGUCGCAAAAAUGUUUGGAGUUGACCGAACAACGCUGUCGCGGCGGCACAACUGUUAUACACGCUCAAAUGCAGAAGAAGCGCGCCAGCGACAGUUACUCAGCCCACAACAGGAGGAGGUACUUGUCAAAUACAUAGAAAGAUGCACAAGAGACGGCUUGCCACCCACUAGAAGCAUGCUGCAAAAUUUCGCCUCUGCGGUUACGAAGUGGGAGGUCUCUGAGAGCUGGAUUACUUGGUUUCUGCAUCGCCACGCCAACAAGCUUACCACCAAAUGGACCACCGGGAUGGAUCGUGAGCGCUUUUUAGCUGACAGCAAGCGCAAGUAUGAGUUGUACUUCAACCUAUUGCACUCCAAGAUGCGUGAGCACAGCGUUGACGAGCGCAACACGUACAAUAUAGAUGAGAAAGGCUUCUUUGUCAGCAUCAACAGUCACACUAAAAGGAUAGUCUCUAAGGCAAUUUGGGAGUUAAAAGAGCGCACUGCAGCGCUUAGAGAUAGCAACAGAGAAUAGGUAACGCUGCUGGCUUGCGUAUGCGCUUCUGGAGAGGC